GAGCCGCUGCACCUGCGCUGCAUUGCCGAAUUACAGCGCAGCGGGGCUCCCUCUGCUCUUUAUUUGCAGCACGGGAGGUUCUUAUGCUCAGUGCUUUUUCUGGCCAGGAGCUGUUUCCUGGUGCUGUGCAGGAUGAGCAGCUCUUCCCUUGCUCUCAGGUCGCUGUCAGAGGACAGGACGGCUGCUGUGCUGUGGGGCUGUGAGCUGGGUGUGAACAGCCGGAGCUGCAUGGUGAAGGAGGAUGAUGACUUCUUAGAGCACCUGGUCCUGCUGAGGACGAUCUCCCUGGGGGCCGAUGCCAGGGAUGAGUUACACGUGGUGGCUGUGGAGUCCAAGAACACCUAUGGAGACCACAAACCAGUGCCCAUCGCUUCCCUGCGUGUCUCAGUGCUCCCCAUGAUCAGUCUCAAAGGUCUGGAGUUUGUCCCUCCUGUCACCUUCAUGCUGCAGUGUGGAACUGGACCGGUCUAUCUCAGUGGGCAACACGUUACCUUGGAAGAUGUCCCCAUGUGCAAAGAGCUGUUGGAUACAGAUGGAGGUGAUGAGGACAGUGCCAGAGCAGAGCAGGAUGGAGACUAACUGCAGGUCUGGAUGGGAUGGAUUCUUGCACAAGGACACGAUGGGCCUCUGCUUUGGAUACAUCCUUCUCUCCAUCUCAGAAGAUCUUGUUUUGAAUGUGCUGUUGCUGGGAUGCUGUUGAGCUGUGGGUCUCAGAGCAUUCCAUUAAGCACCACCACCCCUUCCUUGCAGUGGUACCACAUGGAUAGUCUUAAAAUGAGUGUGUUGUGUCCACCCUGUGCAGCCCUUUGCCAAUCAGUCUGCAAACUUCCUUCGUAAUGAUGAUUUUGUUCUGGCAGGAAUUACUCUGACAAUUGCUUGGAUAAACAGAGUAAAGUUAAGCUGUAGCCUUCACAGCAGCCCAGGGAAAUGCAGCCAAAGUCUGUUCAGAAUAAGCAGCCAUUGAAAUAAUCAAAUUAAAGCUCCUGAUUGAGGAAAA